UUUCAGGUGAUCGGAGCCCUUGUUCUCGCAGUUGGGAUUUAUGCAGAAGUUGAAAGACAGAAGUACAAAACUCUAGAAAGUGCCUUUCUAGCCCCAGCAAUUAUUUUAAUACUUUUGGGCAUUAUAAUGUUCCUGGUAUCUUUUCUGGGUGUACUGGCUUCCUUAAGAGACAAUAUAUGCCUUCUUCAAACAUUCAUGUACAUUCUUGGUAUCUGCUUGCUGAUUGAGCUGACUGGUGGAGUGGUGGCCCUCAUCUUCAGAAACCAGACAAUCAAGUUUUUGAACGAUAAUAUAAGAAGAGGAAUUGAGAAUUACUACGAUGAUUUAGACUUCAAGAACAUCAUGGAUUCUGUUCAAAAGAGGUUUAAAUGCUGUGGUGGGGAAGAUUACAAGGAUUGGACACAAAACGUGUACCACAACUGCGCGGCGCCGGGACCGCUGGCCUGCGGGGUGCCCUACACUUGCUGCGUCACAAAUAAGACAGACAUCGUCAACACUAUGUGCGGAUACAAAACCAUUGACCAAGAGCGCUUGAGCGUUCAGCACGUUAUAUAUGUCCGCGGAUGCACGAAUGCCGUGCUAAUUUGGUUUUUGGACAACUACAGCAUCAUGGCUGGUGUGCUGCUCGGAAUAUUGGUACCCCAGUUCCUGGGGGUGUUGUUAUCCAUGCUUUACGUAACUCGGGUGGAAGAUAUCAUCACCGAGCACAAGCUGAGCGAAAGACUGUUUGAAGAAGUCGGUAUCGGGGAGAGAUCUGCCCCCGACUUCGCUGGAGCUGGCUGCUGCAUGUGUUACCCGGGGUGA